UAUCGCAGACCUUUCCGAGCAUAUUCGUGACCUUGAAAAUGACAAAUUAACCGAGUAUAAACAAGAAAUAGAAGAAACGUUACAAGAGAUAAAAAGAAUAUUAACUGAUAACAAUCAACAAGUCAGUAAACGGUGGAAACUCUUCUAUUCCUUUUUUGUAGUGUGCAUUGCUUAUGUUUUCUACCACUUACAUUACUAUCCGCAUUCAAAUCUAAUGCAGGGGAUAUUUACGAUAAAUUGGAUGAGGAAUGAGAUUGGAGAGUGUUUGCUAGAAGACAUCAACGGGGAUUUUCGAAAACCUUUGAGACUGGAGAUUUAUUUAAAACGCCACAAAGAAUUAGUGGGACGAGACUGGCUUUUUAAUUUGACUGAACAUAAUUUGCAAAAUAUGAAUGCUUCCAAGAACGGUCUUGUCCUAGAAGCCGAUAUGGGUUAUGGGAAAUCCGCUUUUGUCGUUCAUACUGUGUGCGCAGGCAAAAAUAGCCAAGGUCAUCGAUUGAGGGAAAUGUUAGUUGCUUUCCAUCUUUGCAAAUUUGAUGUUAUUCUUACCAAAAAGCCUGGAGUAUUUAUCCAAAGACUAGCGUCAAUGAUUUCCCACUUCAUACCAGAAUUAAUGGACACGCUUAAAAUGGACGGUCAAUGUUUCACGCAUUACCGUGGCGAAUUAUGCAAUGAAGACCCACUCGGAUGCACAGAUAGUUGCUUAAUACAUCCUUUAGAAAAACUUAUUGAAAGAGGUUUUAAACCUUCUGCUGUUAAAGUGAUUCUUAUUGAUGCCAUAGACGAGUGCGCAAAGAACAAUGAUGCAGACGAUAAUGCUAUUUUUGAAGUCAUUCGGAAGAAAUUUCAUUUAUUUCCAAAUUGGAUUAAGCUGCUUAUGACAAGUCGAAGAUCAAAACAAAUCGUAAGGUUAUUACCUGAUUUUGAUGUGAUAUCUUUGCGAAGUAAGGACGAAAGAAAUUUGAGAGACAUCCAGUCAUAUUUGAACAAUACAAAUGACAAGAUUCUUGAACAAACUGCGAGCUUUAUUAUAGCGAAACAUAUGGUUGAAUCAAACAACUUUACAGAAGGGAACUUAAGAAAUCUUAACCGAUUUUAUGAAGACCAGUUUGAAAGAAUAUUUGGAAAGGAAUUUGUAUUAGCAAAAAUUAUUCUUGAAGUCACAGCCACUACCUUUUGGACAAAAACAAAACGCAAUAUAAUCAAAAUAAUUACAAAGACUUCAACAGUGGAUGAACGACGCCUUAACAAUGAAUUCGAAAAGGUUGAACAUUUUUUUAUAAUUGAAAAUGAUACUUUUUCGUUUAAUCACCACUCUGUUGUUGAAUGGUUGGAAACUACAUCUGCUGAAACGUAUAGAAUAAGUCGGGCAAAUGGUCAUAAGAUAAAUGCUAUGUAUUUACUGAACGUAAUUGCAACAGGUAGGAAUAUAGUCAUUGAUGUCGUCGAUUUAGCUAUACAUUUAAUGAACUGCGAAAAUCUUGAUGAAUCGAUUGAUCAAUUUAAGAACAUAACACUUGAACAAAGAAGGCACAUGGAAAUUAACUUUUCUGAAUCACCAUUGAUACGAUGCGUGAAACGUACUGACUGUUCAAAUAUACCUAGUGUUUUGUACUUUUAUUUCAACAACACUGAAGAGCUUAGUAGCGAGAAUUUUACUGCGGCCUACAUUGCAGCUUCCACGGGGAAAUUGUCCGCUUUAAAAAGUCUUUGUGAUCAUGGUGCUGAUGUGAAUUUUAGAGUAAAAUCUUACCACGGAACAAAACUUGCAAACGUUCAAGUUGCUACGCUUAUAAAACAGUGGGGUUACGGAUUACUCGAUAUUGCCGCUCAAAAUGGACAUGUACGUAUUGUAAACUUCAUUUUGACAGGUACGAGAAUUUUCGGGAACUACACACAUCACAUAUUGAAUGGUUUCAAUUUAAAGCCUGUACAUCUUGCAUGCAAGUAUGGUUGUGUUGUGACUGUCAAAGAGUUUUAUCGACACAAUAAAGAAAUCGUUGACUGGCUAUGUCUUUAUUUUGCAUCGGACGGGGGGCAUUUUGCUUUGGUGUCGUACUUGGUCAAUGAAUUGAAUAUAACCGACGAAUUUCGGGAGUGUAAUAAAGAGCUGACUUGUCUUCCCAAGGGAUCUUUCCGAAUGCAAGGAAGGGAAGUAGAGAUAGUUAGUCCUUUUGAUGAGUGGGGUAAUUUGUCAUGUGAAAGUGCACUUCAUGCAGCAAUUCGAGAGGAUCACAUUGACAUUAUGAAAUCUAUCCUGUCCUCUGAUGGAGGCUCAACACUGACCCGUCUGGAUCGAAGAGGAGGAACCCCAUUGAUUACAGCAUUUCAAACUGAUCGAAGCGAAAUUGUGAAAUAUAUCAUUGAACAACAUUACAAUUUGGUGAACAGAAUCUGUGGAAUUGCCACGGGUAUCAAUGAUAAACGUCAGCUUAAUCAACGGGGAAAAGUAUUACUUAAAGGUUAUGAGUGUCAAUCGAGUCUUUGGCUUCAGAAAAUUAUCGCUGGUCAAAAUUUAAGAUUUGAUGAUAACGAAGAAGCUUUAGAGUUCUUUACCGAAGUUACAACCGGGUGCUUACCAGCUCAUUUUGCUGCUUGCAGCGGCAACAUUCAGUUUCUUCAACACCAGGUAUUUGACCAAAUGAUUGACAUAUUUGCAUUACAAUGUGACAACAAAUACACGCCUUUGCAUUCGGCUAUCGCUUGCCAAAAUAUAACUUCGUUUGACUUUAUUGUAGAUCAGGUCCCUGGGGGGGAAUUAUACCUGAAAUCAGAACGAAGCUCAUUCUUUUGGUUUGCUAUAAAAGAAUCUCCAUUUAUAUUAAAGGAGUCAACCAAACAACCGCUGUCGGAUAUAAUCGUUAAGUUUCUUUCUCGUUUUCCGGAUUUGUUAAAUGAAACCGAUGGCUUUGGAAGAAAUCCUUUACAUUUCCUUAUACAGAAUGGACAUACCAACGCGCUUAAUUGGAUCAUACGCAUGCUUCAUGGCAAUUUUGACAUCUUAAUACAACGAAAAGACAUGUUUGGCCAGACACCAAUCAUGUAUGCAGUUCGUCUACUAAAGAAACAAUACGGGGUUUCCAUCUCUUUAAAUAAUUUCAAGACCGAUGUCCACAUAGUAAAACGCGCGUUUACUCAAAGCGAAUCCUCAAUUAUUACAUGCUUGCAAAGAGCACAUACUCAAAAUAUAUCGCGAUCUUAUUCUGAAAAGGGGAUUUUAAAGUUACUGGUUAAAAAUCAACUUUUCGAAUUCUUUCACACGUUUGUUUUUGAAAUACUCUAUGACCAAGAAAGGUGCCAACCUGAAAUAUUUUAUGUCAUAUUGAAAAAUGAUUUACAUGGAUUUUUUGUGUGGUACUAUUUUAUAAAAAGAAACAAGCUGUCCGACGGCCAAAUUCUCCAAACUCCAUGCCCUCUACAUAAAAUUAUCGAAAAGAGAGCUUAUUAUGCACAUCUCAAAAAUCAAAUCCAGACAAAUGCCGUAUUACCACGCUGGAGUUAUUUUGUUUUAUAUUUGUUGGAAUCCGUAAGACCUUAUAUUUUAAAGAGCUGUGAAAAAAACCUUGGUAGAAUUGGACUCGAUGUAGCCAUUGAUCAAAAGUCUGUAUUUUGGAAAUCUCUUUUUCAGAAAAAUGGUUUGGUACAUAGUUUUCCACUUUUUAUGAAUUUAAACGAAUUUAAAGACGUAUUGUCUUUAUUGAAUAGGUUGUUAGAUAAGGAUUUAAGUUAUUCAUAUGAUGUUUGUUUACAAAAGAACAUACAUUUGUAUGGAAAUGGGGUGGCGUUCAGAUUCAAAGAUGAUAUGACAGAUCAUUAUACAGAACUCGUAAUUACAGGACCACAUAACUUUUACGAAUUAUUCUUCAAAACUCUUAAUUAAGAAGUAUACAUGUAACAGACUCUACACUCAAGAACCCUUGAAAAACAGUAUAAAAUAUUAUUCGGUUGCGCUAAAUAUUUUUCUCGGGAAUCAAGAUAAAGCUGGCGUGGAAGACAAUGACCAUGAGCUUAUCCAAACCUUAGUUUAAGUUUGCCUAAAUUUUCUUUGCACGAAAUAAAAGAGUCUGUAGAAAGUGUUUCUGUUGACAAAUGAAUGAUAUUAAUUUUGCUUUAGACUUUAUAAUAAUUUCUUCAGUCUUUUUGAUGUUUUAACACGAAGCUUCACUAGUCUAUUCUUAAUGUGAGAAUCAUGCUAGGAAACUAAUGGAUGGUGAAAGUGGUAUACCCUCCUUUGCAGGGUGAGUAAAAGAAUUUUCGAAUUUCAGAAACAUUAACAAUAACUUAAAAGCAACAUUUUGAUUUCGAACAUAUUCUUAUAUGGCUGUAAUAUCACUACAACAAAUUUAUUUAUUUUCAAAAGAUAUGCGUACUAAUCGAGAAAUGGUGUAUUUUUGUCUGU